ACCAAACCACAAAAUCUGAUCUUGAAGGAUUAUUUAAUAUCCAAAAUGUUGAUGUUACAUAAGUUUUGUUUUGUUACAUACAUUUAUCCACAAUCUUCAACAUAUGUUUCAGACUUCUCACAAACCUUUCCUUUUACAGUUUUAUUGGAUAUGUAUAGAAUACCUGAUAAAAACCUAUGAAUCAGAUGCUGAAUCAGAAGAAGAAGCUAGAGGGAGACAAUUCUCAGCUUCAGACUGAGGUGGAGGAGGCGGUGCAGGAGUGCAGGAAUGCUGAAGAAAAAGCAAAGAAGACGAUCACUGAUGCUGCCAUGAUGGCUGAGGAGCUGAAGAAGGAGCAGGACACCAGUGCUCAUCUGGAGCGUAUGAAGAAGAACAUGGAGCAGACCAUCAAGGACCUGCAGCACCGUCUGGAUGAAGCUGAGCAGAUCGCCAUGAAGGGUGGCAAGAAGCAGGUCCAGAAACUGGAAGCCAGGGUGAGAGAGCUUGAAAAUGAGGUGGAACUAGAACAGAGGAAGGCGAGCGAGUCUGUGAAAGGAAUCCGUAAAUAUGAGAGACGCAUCAAGGAAUGCUACCAGACAGAGGAGGAUCGCAAGAAUCUGGCUCGUCUUCAAGACCUGGUGGACACUUUAAAGGUCAAGUCCUACAAGAGAUCUGCUGAGGAAGCGGAGGAACAGGCCAAUUAUAAUCUUACCAAGUUCCAUAAACUGCAGCAUGAGUAGGAUGAAGGAGAGGAGAGGGCUGAUAUUGCUGAAGCUCAAGUCAACAAGCUGAGAGCUAAGAGUCGUGAUAUAGGAUCAAAGAAAGGGCAUGAUGAAGAGUAAAGCUCUCCUCUUUCUGAAAGACUUGUUUGGUGUGACUCUGUGAACUUCUAGAAUCCCUCUCUGUACUGUAGUUCUGUAGAAUAAAGCGUGCAAACGAAACUUCUCUUAUGGUGUGUGGCAUAUUUUAAAAUUAAACCUGUUGGGUAAUUCCAGCAUUAUGGAUGUGACAAUUGCAGUCAAAACUUGAAGUUUAAAUUCCCAGAAAAUUAAUUUGUUACCAAUAUAUUGAACCAUCUGUUUAUAUUUUUCUACAGCCCUAACAAUAGAGUGCAGAUAUCAGAAAAAAAUCAGUAUAUGCACGAGUUUUCUGUUUAAAAAAGGAAAAAAUUCCUAAAGUGUUAUGGACGUGACAAAAAAAGACACGUUUUUGGGAGACAGGAAGCUUUGCUGAAAUUCUGUGAAUUAAAAUGCACAAACCAAAAGCAAUAACACGCAACAAAUGGAGAAGGGAUGGCUCUUUAUAUAACAAGAAAUAUUGAUUUUGUUUUAAUAAAUGUGUUUGCAUUCAUAAGGAAAAAACAAUGUUACACCCGUGACACAUCUCCGUUACGGCCGUGACAGCUCUGAAACCGGCACUUACCCGACUAUGGAAAAUCAUGAACAAAUGCUUUACAACCACAAUCAGAGACUUCAAGUGGAUAUCGGAUAUUGUCCUCCGAGAUAUCAGUA